GAAAAAGAAAACGACGCUUUUCGCCUGACCGAGUUCAUUAAUGCGUAGAGGAAAGGGGAGGAGGUGGACAGCUCUUCAUUUACGUCCCGAUGUGCUCAGAGCCGCUGUUUCAUUUCACCACCGCGUCCGAGCAGCUCAGUCCAUCCUCACUAUAGCGUUAGAUAUCUCGGAUUAAGUGCCAAUGAAUUAAUUUAUAUAUAUAUGUGGUUAUAUUCUCAGCUUCAACCAGGGCGGAGAGAGAAGUUUAAACCAGAGAUCUGACGGACCCACACCUCGCUCUCGCUGUCUUUAGUUAGUUUAUUUUUUAAUUGUUUUGUUUUUUUGGAACCAGGUUGAAGUUAACCUUGACUUCAGUGAAGUUUUUUUUCGUGUGUGUGUGUGAGAGAAAGGACAACCGGCAUCAUGACUCGGAGAUCCUGUGCCAUUUACGCCACCGGGAUCGUGUGCGCUCACCUCCUCAUCGUGGGGAUCGCCCUGGUCGUGGCGCAAGUCUUCCAAACAAUGAUCCAUAGCCGGUUAAAAAAGGAACUUACUCUGACAGAGAAGAGCCAAGUGUUUGAGUCAUGGAAGAAUCCGCCUCCACCUGUUUAUAUGGAGUAUUACUUCUUCAAUGUGACCAAUCCAGAGGUCUUCUUAAAAGGUGGCAAGGCGGCUGUCCAACAGAUCGGGCCCUACACCUACAGGGAAUACAGGCCGAGGGAAAAUGUCACUUUCCUGGAGAACGGCACCAAGCUUUACGCCCUGAACCCCAAAACGUUUGUGUUUGUGCCCGAGAAGUCAGCUGGUGACCCCGAGGUUGACCUCAUCAGGACUGUCAACAUCCCAUUUGUGGCGGUGAUGAACGAGAUGAACUCCUACUCCUUUUUCGUGCGUACGUUUGUUUCCAUGUACAUGAACAGCCUGGGCAUCGAAAUGUUCAUGACCCGCACUGUCCACGAGGUUCUGUGGGGCUUCAAAGACCCUCUUCUCUCCAAGAUCCAUUCCAUGAAGCCAGAUGUGGAUGAGUACUUUGGGCUGAUGUGGAAGAAAAACGGGACCCAUGAAGGGGAGUUUGUGUUCCACACUGGCGAACAGAACUACUUGGAUUAUGGCAAGAUCGACACGUGGAACGGCCUGAGGGAGAUGUCGUGGUGGUCUUCCAAUCAGAGCAACAUGAUCAACGGUACGGACGGCGCGGUCUUCCACCCUCUGAUCAGCAGGAACGAGCUGCUUUACAUCUUCGCUGCUGAUCUCUGCAGGUCUAUCCAUCUAGCGUAUGUGGAAGAUGUGGACGUGAAAGGCAUCCAGGCGUUCCGCUUCGCACCCCCCCGUGACGUUCUCAUGAGCCCUAAAGACAACCCCAAUAACGAGGGCUUCUGUGUGCCAGCUGGAGACUGUCUCGGCACCGGGGUGCUUAAAGUCAGCGUUUGUCGAGAAGGCGCUCCCAUCGUGGUGUCUUUCCCACACUUUUAUCAAGCGGACCGGAAGUACAUCGAAGCCGUCGAUGGGCUCAACCCCAACAAGGAGGAGCAUGAGACGUACCUCGACCUGCAGCCGACCACAGGUGUUCCCAUUCGUGCCUGCAAGAGAGCUCAGCUCAACAUCAUUAUGAAGAGAGUUCAAGGCUUCCCCAAAACCAAGUACAUCAAUGAGACCAUUUUCCCCAUCAUGUUCGUCAAUGAGACGGCGACCAUUGACGAUGACUCGGCAUCGCAGAUGAGGACGCUGCUCUUAAUCGUGACUCUUGUGUCAAACUUCCCCUUGCUCAUUGUGGGCUUGGGUAUCAUCCUGCUGCUGGUCCUCGUCGUUUUGUUCUGCCGAAACCGCCAGAAGAAGAAUGAAGUAAAACGUAUUGAUUUUACUGAAGCUUUUCAUUCUUUUACUACGGCAAAAGAUGACACGGCGUACACUCAGGUCAGCGACAAGCCCGACGUCGAGUCGUCAGAAACGCCGGCCACCCAGCCAAUGAGGAACGGCUCCUACAUCGCCAUGUCUCCAGUGGAGGCCCAGAAGUGUUGAUCGAGGAUCUCUUCCCCAAGUCUGGAGCUCAGGAAGGGGGCUGAGGGAGCAGUGCGGGGGUGCUACUUUACCAUACCACGGGUGGGGGUUUACAGUACACACCGGGGCUCAUUUUCACUAGUUUUUGGGGGGUGGGGGAGGAUAGGGAAGGGGGUGGGACACAAGCCCCCAGUAAAUGUUUAGUCAACAAAGACAUUGCUCCUCUCGCAGAGCCCUCUUAUGACUGUCCGUCAUCCUCUACUCUACCUGCUGAGCAUGGCCCUCACUGCCUGCCGUACUGCAACACAACAAACUCCCACACUCUAUUCCACAUUUCCGUCCUGGUCGGGGCCCCCGAAAACACAUGAAGGGACUCUGGGGGGGGCUCGACCGGGACACGCCUUUUUUCCGUAAAUCUUGUGAGGGAAACACGGUAGCAUAGGUGUCGCUGUCGCAUACUGAUGCAUGAAUCUUCUGAGCGGACUCUGCAGACUAACGCGGCUCACAGAGUGUUUUUAGUAUUCACCUGAACAACAGCGGGCGGCGUUAACAGUCCUACUCUCGCUCUUUUUUUCCUCUCCUAUCAGUGUUGUGUGAGGAGAAACCGCUAAACCAACAGAUAAAAAAAAAAAAGCCCCCUCGUUAACUGAACCCUUAGGAUGAAAACCUCUGAGCUCCUGGUGCUCAGAGGAUAACACGGUUUUGCUAACAAACCUGAACUUGGCAUAUCCUUUUUUUUUUUUAUAAAGAAGAAGAAAGAAAAAAAACAGACUGAGCCAAACUAUUUAUAGCCUUGUUUUCCUAAGAUCGGUUCGUGCACCCAUACACACAGUUAGUGAUGAUGUGUGUGCACAUUUAUCUUUACACUUCAGUGUCCUGUUUUGACAGACAGUGGUCAACUAUUUUCUUGAUGCAGGCACAGUGUAGUGUGACACCUGGACUACUCGUGAAUUUAACGCCCCCUCCUCCUCCUCUUCUUCUUCUUAUUGUCGUUUUUUUGUUACAUUUUUUCCAAAACACUAGAUAUACAAAGUCCUCACUAGCUAGCUGUGCUACUGUAGCUUGAUAAAGUUGCACCUUUUUUUUUUUUAGGCUUUAUCACACGUUCAAAACAAAAAGGAAAAAAACAAAAAACACCCACAGAACUUACAAGGGAGACUUGAACCUGCUUUCUGCCUUACGACGGUUCAGCGUGUUCUUUAUUUUCAAACUUUGUUCAAAUAAGCUGGAAAAAUCUCUUCUGUCGUUUAUUGUACAUAUGUAAAAGGGGAAAUGUUGAGAUACCUCUGACCAAAUCCAGCAAGCAGUCCUCGGUGUGCUGAAAGACACUUCUUAAACGUUGUUCUGGUGUUGACCGCUCCUGCACGUCUACACUGUUACUUAGACAAAGCACAAUUUGGAUUGAAACCAGUCCUCACACAAGGCUACCAGGUUUUUUUUUUUUUUGUCCUCUCUUUCUCUACACACAUAUAUAUAAAUAUAUAUAUAUUUACAGUCAACCUGUCAAAGACACUGUCGAGUGCCGUGACCAUUUAAAAAGUGGAAUCAUUGGGUGUAAACGUCGGAGGGAGCCCCUGUGUGCUGUAGGCAUUCAGACAGACGCAGCACACAGCACUUGAAUCACUGUUUGUCUUACGUUUCAUGUUUCGUGUUAUUCUUUUUUUUUUCUGUCCAGCCACACUUGUCCUGGGACACGUCAAACCCCCCCCCCCCCCCCCCCCCCCCCCCCCCCUAAAGCCGCCAGCGGGGAAAUGAAUUCAAGGCCAUAAAACUGUCCCUGCACUUUGCCUGGAAAUUGUGCCCUGUGUAUUUUUAUGUUUGUUUUUUGUCCUUUUCAUUUCAAUGAAGGUGGUCCAUGUGUACAGUACAUUUCACUGGUUUGUCCUGGAUAGUAUUACUCAUGAAGGAUGUUGUGUGUUGUCGUACAACAACACAUCCACGCCUGUGUCUCUUGCUUUUCAGCCCAUGGAGUGUCUUCUUUUGAUAUACUUUUGUAUUUGUUAUUGCUGCUAGAAAAUGCCAUAACCUAUGGACUUGUAUUUGUAUAUGGGUAUUUACCAUAAGGUGCUCGUAUUCACUUUCAGGUUGGUCCACAGAGGCUUUUUUUUUUUUUUUUUUUUUUUUUCCCAAGUCUUACAUUUCCAAAGGCUUUCUGUGUUUUUCCAACCGUUUGACACCUGGGAAUACCUGAGCACAAGAUACAAAGCCCAAAGCUUGCUGCCAUUUAUUGGAAUUAGCAGUUACAGUUAUCACUAGAGACGUUUUUUGUUUUUGUAAAGUUAUCACACUUAACCACUCAUUCCUGUACUAGCAGAUGAUUUUACCAUAUCAUAUGUAUUAUCGCUGGGGUUUAUUUUAGAGCUAGUAAACCUUACAGUUCGCUGGAGGCUGGAGGUGCCCCCAUAUAAAAGGGCGAGCCGCUUUAGCACCGUGUAAGACCGGUGCUCAGGAGUCUGACACUAGGUGUAAUAACACUGUGGACGGGGAGGGGUGGGGGAUCCUUUUUAAGGUAAAAUCAACUCACUAAAGGCCUUUUUUUACUCCAUCUACAUGCAAGCAGCCACAGCCUUGUGCAAACUCGUCGAUAUCCACCUUUUUAAAGAUCUUGACUUGAACCUGAGAGACCUUAAUCCCGCGAGUGUUGCGUGUAUGUAUGAGUGUGUGUGAGUGAGCUGCUCAUACGGCGUCUGUUUAAACACACACCUGAGCCGUUACUCCUCCACCUGUCUGACUUCUACUACACUGACCUUUGAGUCCAAUCCCUCAAGCCCAUUGGCUCGUCCCUGCUUGACCAAAGAUAACCUACAUAGAUCUGCCCCAGCGCUGUGUUUACUCUCCUCUGCGAUAACGGUCGUGCCACAACCUCACCCCCCUUUUUUCUUUUUUUUCUUUUUAAAAAAAAAUAUCGUGCCACCACCUAUGUGAAGUAUUUGCGACAGUGUUGUGUGAGCUUGUGUGUAUGUGCCUUUUUUUACAUCAAGGCAAGAAAAAUGAUAUAUAUAUUAAAAGAAAGGUCACACUUGCUGGUUUGAUUGGUAUUGCUUUCUUAUGUCACCCGAUGCAAGAGCAAACAAAAGUAAUCAGUGCUCUUUGUGAGCAUUAAAAGAUUCUCAGUAUUAUGUAAGACAAAGCAAUACGGAGUUGUGUAAAAUAAAUUGUGGAUGUUUUGUUAAGGGGCCACACAAUAUUUAUGUAUCUUUUUAUGUUUUAUUUUCUUCCUGAAUUUGUGAUUUUUAUUUUUGUUAGUUUUGGUUGUGUAGGAGUAUUUCUUUUAGUGUGAUUUAGACUUUUUUUUUUAUUUUUAAAGAAAAUAUAUUAAGCUUGAGUCAAAGCACAUUUCAUUUUUUGAUCAAUUCAAUUAAUUUUUCACAAUGAAAGUAUCAAAAAAAAGUGUGUAAAAGACGUACCAGUAUGUCUCACUGCGAACAGUCAGAUCCCUGUAAAAUAAAAUGUCUGUGAGAGUGUUUAUGAAUGGGUAAAGAUGUGUCUGUGAUGGAUGAGAAUGAAAUGAUGUGCGAGUUGACUUGAGUUUGUGGAGCCGAUGCACCGUUUCUGUCAAACUGGAGCGAUUUUUACUGGAAGGCUGAUUAUCUUGAUGACUGAAGUAAAGCGAACAUGCUGUGUGAACUCUCUAGAUGAAUGAAGCCCUCCUUCAGGGAUGAGCACUAGUGCCAACCAUCCUCUGUUCUUUUUUUGUUCCUUAAUUUGCUUUUUGGUUUAAAAAAAAAAAAAAAAAAAGAAAUAUAUAUGAAAAAAGACAAAACUCAUCUCCCCCCAUGACGAUGUUCUGGAGUCACUAACAGACAUUUCCUCUUGAGAUAUAUACUAAUUUGUUUUGCUGCUGAAAAUGACAAUCCCCUUGUCAUGUUAGGUGCAAAAUGAUUUAAAAGUAAUAUCCAUUUUUAGUUUUGAUAAUUCACACUGCACAGAUGUUUCUACAGUGCUUUUGUAAACAUUUCUAGUGUAUUUGCAAAAAAAUAAAAGUGCAAAGUUCAAA